AUGGCCACGUUCCUCGUUGAGGUAGGCAUUGGCAACUUCCCAACUAGAACCCCAAAAUACGUACCAUACUUCUUAGGAUUUGACACAGGCAGCGAUACCAUAUGGACACAGUGCGAAGGCCGCACUUCUAUCAAGUUCAGAGAAGAAUACCUUGACAAUUCAUCCGCGAGUGGAAUUGCGGGACGUGAAACCUUCACUUUUGGUUCAGUAGCUGUUCGUGAUAUAGUUUUUGGGUGUGCAACCGACUGUAUUGGUUUCGGUCGUUACGACAGAAUCCCAGGAAAUCGUCUCGCGGGAAUAAUGGGUGCAGCUUGGGGUUCAUCUUCUAUAAUAGGCCAGUUACAUGAAAAAAGGGUAAUCAGCGGUAGUUUUUCUUACUGCAUGCCGGCAUUUGGGCAAGAUAUCGGCGCUCCACCUUCUACUUUCUUGCGUUUCGGGGAUGACAUUCCCCGAAGACAAGGCAUGUCUACAACAAGUUUGGUGGAGUAUCGUGGGGAAAGUCACUACUACGUCAACUUAGUAGGCAUAAUACCUAGGGAAGUCUUUGUUCGUAGGGGACACAACACCGGGACCAUCAUAGAUUCCGGGGCAGAUUGA